GAAUUGGCCCCUACUAGCUUGGGCGUAGUGCGACGCUUCGGCGGCGGCGGAGCAUCGGAUCCUCCGGAUGAGGAGGAGGAGGAGGGAGGAGGAUCGGAUCACGAGGAGGAUUCGAUGCUCGAGGAUUACGGUUCCAACGAUUCCGAAAUUAGUAAUGAUGAUGGCGAUUUGCAUAACAGUGCGGCCGUAGAACACUAUCUGAGAAAAGUAGAGAUGGAGAGCCGGCGCCGGUCCCCGCUGCUUAUGGAUUCGUCGGUGGCGUUCGGAGCUGCCGACUGGGAGGAAUUUACGAGGGAGAGCGAGGCCGGCGGCUUCUCCGGAUUCUCGUUUGAUCAGGAUCAGCCUUUCCAGCAGCCACAAACUGGGUCGCUGGCUGGCGCGGUCGAGGAUAUGAUUCGCAGCUAUCAAGCUUCAGCAGCUGAGCCUUCCGGCCGGAACGGAACAACACAUCCAAUCAAGAACUCCUUGAAUGAUUCCGCUGUUUCAGCUACUCAGAACCCUCCUCCAGAAAAAGAUGCUACUUUUGACAGUUCUCAUGGAGAUCACCGAAGUUGCAAUGAGCAAAUUACAAGAGAGGUUAUCGAUGGACCAUCGGAGGAACGGGUAUCUGACGAAUUGGCUCCUCCUUGCACCGACAGCACAGGAACAUCUCAAGAAGUUGAGGGUGAAAGUACCGUGCCACCAGCAAUUGAUGUUGCAUGUAAAGAAUCUAGCUUUCGGGAAGAGUCUAUCGCGAUUUUGAGUACAGCAAACGGGGUAGAGGAAAUUCCUGUCGCUGCUGAGGCCAGCAAACUAGAAGUGAAUGAUUCAUUUGAUGACAUGGUUUUGGAGAUGGAGGAAAUUUUGCUAGAUUCUGUGGACUCUCAUGGAGACAGGUUUGCUCUAGAUGACCGCGGAUAUCUGAGCCAGUUGUCUAACCAUGUCAGAGACGGCAGCUCGACUGCUUCUACUUCUGGUAAUGAUGAUGUAUACCCACUUGCUCAACAUUCUUCCAAAAUUGAUCGGGUUGAAGUUAUCGGAGCCAAACAGAAAACUGGAGAUGUUUCUUUUGGCGAAAGAUUGGUUGGAAUCAAGGAGUAUACCAUAUACAUACUGAGAGUGUGGAGUGAUAAUUCUCAAUGGGAGGUUGAGCGCCGCUACCGCGAUUUUGUCGCUCUUUAUAGACAACUUAAUACAUUUUUUAGUGCACAUGGCUAUACUCUUCCUCUGCCAUGGUCAAAUGUUGAGAGAGAGUCCAGGAAGAUUUUUGGGAAUGCAUCUCCUAAUGUUGUUAGUGAGAGGAGUACCCUUAUUCAAGAUUGUUUAUGCUCCAUUCUUUCAUCAAAAUAUCCCUUCGCAUUGCCUAGCUCCUUUAUUUGCUUUCUAUCCCCUGGCCAACCUUUUUAUAGCUCAGGCUUGUUGAAAUCUCUUAUACCCAAGUCAGUUCAAAAUCUUCGCGAGGAUUGGUUAUUGAAAGAUUCAGGUUUUGGGGAAACUGCUUCAAGAGAAGUUUCCACUUUAGGAAAGACUAUAUCGCUAGUUGUUGAGGUAAGGCCUCGCAAGUCUAUAAGGCAGUUGCUCGAGUUGCAGCAUUAUACCUGCGCGGGAUGCCACAAGCACAUUGAUGCUGGAAAAACGCUGCUUCGGGAACUUGUACAGAGUGUGGGAUGGAACAGUUCUCGGUUUUGUCAGUACACUGGCCAGUUGUUUUGCUCUUCGUGCCAUGUGAAUGAUACUGCAGUUCUACCUGCAAGAGUCUUGCAUUAUUGGGAUUUCACUUUGUAUCCAGUUUCACAGCUAGCUAAAGCAUACUUGGAAUCUAUCUAUGAUCAGCCCAUGCUCUGUGUAAGCGCAGUAAAUCCUCUUCUAUUUUCCAAAGUGCCAGCUUUACUUCAUGUCAUGGGCAUUCGCAAGAAAAUAGCAGCUAUGCUUCCGUGCAUCCGGUGUCCAUUCCGCAGGUCUAUUCAGAAGGGUCUUGGAUUUCGCAGGCAUCUUCUUGAAAGCAAUGAUUUUUUUGCACUUCGUGACCUCGUUGAUCUCUCAAAAGGCGCAUUUGCAGCUCUCCCCGUCAUGAUGGAAACAAUUUCAAAUAGGAUAUUUGAACACAUCACUCAACAGUGCCUUGAGUGCUAUGAUGCUGGUGUUCCUUGUAAUGCUCGACAAGCCUGUAAUGAUCCCUCAUCCCUCAUAUUCCCCUUUCAGGAGGCUGAAGCUGCAAAAUGCGGUUCAUGCGGAUCCAUUUUCCAUAAGCCUUGCUAUGAAAAACUAAGAGGCUGCCCUUGUGUCAAGUCUACCCCAAUAAUAAACAGGAGAAUGGGUCCCACAGUGGAGGUCAACCACGGGGCUAGCAUAAAGUCCGACAGAGGGUCGGAUGAGCCAAUCCACCCACCUCCUUCAAGUUCAACGUCAGGAUUUUUCUCUGGUAUAUUUUCUAAGGUGAGGCAGAUGAAGUAUGGAAAUGCGGAAAAUGCACCCACUGUAAUUCUCAUGGGUUCUUUGCCAAGCACUUCCAUGUAAAGUGUAAAAUUCUGUCAUAGUAUUAUUUUUUCUACUUGAUGGGAUAAAAAGAUUUACUGAGCAACAAUACGAGCUGUAACUUAGAUACUGUAGCCAGUUUGGGUUUUGUGUACAAUGCAAAAGUGUGAGGAGGCUUCUUUGGGCUAUACUGUUACACUUAUCGAAUCUGAAUUUGUAUUUAUUUUAGGCCGAAGCCGGCCUAUAAUGGGAGCCAUAAUCCCUGUCUUGGUUCUUUCACAACUUAUGGUGACAGGUACGCAUGCUACUUUCUAGGUUUUAUGAGGCAAAUUUGCGUACAAGUAUACAAUGAGUAAGGAGGGGCCAAAUGGACGCACUUUUAACCGGAUGUUGUCUUACUAUCAAUGUAAAUGGGUCGCGCCUGCAAUUGAUGUCAAAAUACAUGUUAUCGUAUAAACACCAUGAGAGUCAGGUGUGUUCAUCUACAAGGAUGGGUAUGUUUAGCGAUUGAGUUCUCUUCAAUGCAUCAAAUUUUCCUCUAGCUUGAUUCGGGCUUUAUUAUGAGGUCGAGUGAUGGAGACGUUUGUGAGUAGCUUGUUCUCGUGUUCAGAUUGCAUAAUCCUGAAAUGUGACUUCUUAAUGUAGUUUCUCAUUGUUGCAAUAUACAUAAGAAGUACGAUGUGUAUGAUUUUGUAAUUGCAAUUUGUUUGAACAUUUAAUUUGUAAAUUUAAUUUGAAGUAUAGUUCAAAGUUGGCUUGAGUUUUGUUGUUUAUUACAAGUUGCAACUUACACUUACAAACAGAAGAAGUUCAAAUUAGGAGUAAUGAGCUUUCUCGAGUUUA